AUGACCGACUCCCGCCAAUCCGACGGCGGUUGCCUCUCUGCCUUAUGCUCUUGCUUCAAGAGACGAGAGAAGCCGCGUCAUGACGUUUCCGGGUCUCCUGCGACCGGCGUUGGCAUCCUACCAGCGUCAAAAGCGGCUGACGAUGGAAAGCCUAAGCCUACAGACCCCAAGGUCGGACGUCAUGAUUCAGUACUAAGCGUCUCACGCGCGACAUCAUCUACUAGUAAUGCGGAUGACCCUUCACUCCUUCCUGCUUCCAACGUUCCGGGACCAUCUGCAAUGAACGGCUCUACUCCAACCAUUGAUUUAUGGCAGGAAGCAUGCAAGAAGGUGGACGUGAAAACUCAGAUAUGGAUCGCCAGUCUUCCUCCACCGAGCAAUGUCCAGAAUCCUGCAAGUGAGUUGGCGGAGUUCGUUCGAGCUAGCGAAGAGGAACACAAGCAAGAGUCGUUGAAGCUCAAAUCCGGCGACCGAGAGAUUCUGUGGAGGAAUUAUGCGAAUAAAGUUAUCCCUAUGGUGACUGCGAUUGGAAAUAUUGCCAUCAACUUUGCCCCUGCGCCCUCUAACGCCGUGUGGUCAGCUAUCAAGGUGCUUCUGGCGGCCCACGUAUCUGAGCGUGAGGAUCUUGUGGCUAUUAUGGGAUGCACCGACAUAGUCCUCUGCCUCGUGAGGCGCGGUAGAGUGUACGAGAAGGUCUACAUUGGGAACUCCAUGUCGCCUAGGCCGCCUUAUCAGGAAGAUUUGAUGACGAAGUUGGUUGAAGUAUACGCGAAAUGCUUGGAGUUUCUUGCUUUUGUCUACGAAGAAAUGGAGCAUGGUAGUUUGCGCCGGUUCUUCGACGCGCUCGUUGACCCCGGUUAUGGCGAAAACCGGCUAUCAGAAGUGAGAGCACUUGAGCAGGAACUUGAGCUUGCAACUCGUCCUUGCAAGGCUACAGCAGAUGAUGAGCAUCGGAGAUUGCUUGAAAGUCUUGAAGAACCGAUUAAGCGUACCGACAAGAAUGUCAUGGAUAUUCUUAAAGUGCUUGAUAAGCAAGAAAGAGACAAGGCUAUGGAAUACGUCAGUGUAAUUCCAGUCGGAUCUCAUCAUAACGAAAAGGUCGAAAAAAGAACCAAGGGCACAUGCGAAUGGUUGGUCAGCCGUCCUGAAUUCCUUGAAUGGGAAGACUCUGAUUACGCUCCGGUGUUUUGGUUGCAAGGUGACAUCGGUACAGGAAAAUCGUUCCUAUCUUCAAAGGUUAUUGAUCAUUAUCGAUUUCACGACAAAUUUGCUAGUUCAUCGUCCAGUGAGCCCAGCGUGGGCCUUGCUUUCUUCUACUGCAACAGCUCUGAUCGAAAUCGUCAAAGCUUUCAAUCCAUUCUCCGAAGCUACGUCCGACAACUAGGCGAGGUGACCGGUCAUCCUGAGAGCAUUCAUGAGGAAUUGUUCAAACUAUAUCAGAGUAGACAAAUCCAAAGCGACAUCACGCUCAAAGAUUGCGAGACAGCUUUGGUCGAGAUGAUCAACAGUUAUCCUCGAACUGUUCUGAUUCUCGACGCCUUGGAUGAGUGCAAGAAAGACACGAGACGCCACAUUGUUGAGCUCUUCAAACGUCUAGUGGAGAAAACCAAGAGUCUGAAGAUAUUCAUUGCCAGCCGCCCAGAGCACGAUAUCAGUGACCAUCUGAGGUCAUUCCAAGAGCUGAGGGCGACGAUCACAAUCAAUACUUCUGAUAAUCAAGACGACAUCGAGAAGUUUGUCAAUACAGAGGUGGACAACUUCACUGUGGAUUGGAGCCCUGAAACUAAGCAGGUUGUUAAAGAGAAGCUUGCGAAGAAGAGCAAGGGAAUGUUCAGAUGGACUUACCUGCAAUGGGAACAGCUCAAGGAGUACGAGACCAAUACCACUGUCAAAGCCAGGCUUGGAGACCUUCCCAGAACUCUGACUAAAGCCUACGACGAGAUUUGCGAUAAACACGAGCCUGGGGGCUUUGAGCGUUUCAUGCUGCAGCGAGCGGUGAGAUGGGUCAUGUGCGCCCGCCAGCCUUUCGAUAGUUGCACAUUGCUGUCAGCAAUUCGAGUGGAAAGCGAACAGAUGCGUGAAGACGGCAUGAAGGCUCUCGACAAGUCAGAUCUCACCGAGAAAAUGUUGGAGACUGUCUGUCGACAUUUGAUCGUGAGGGAUCCUGAGCUCAAGGUCUGGAGGUUUUCCCAUGCAUCGGUCAGAGAAUACUUUGAAGAUAAGAAAGGAGAGCCGUGGGUCAAAGACGCGCCAGCGGAGGUAGCAAUUGUCUUGAUCAACUGCUUGAGGGAUUGCUGCGCAGGUUACUCCUCUAUCUGGCCACCCUCAGAUGUUGAACCCUUCUCGAGUACCCUCCAGGAAAAUUCAUGCUUAGACUUAGACGACUGGAUGAGGGCAGGAGGGGCGGACCUUGACCAGCCUUUAGAUCCUCGGCAUCCACUUCAAGCGUACAUUCAUCGGAACUGGCUCGCACACCUACACGAUCUUUCAGAACAAGAUGACAGAGCUGAAGACGUAGCCUUUGCUUUGAAACGAUUCCUGGGUGAAGAAUGUCCUCCUCAUUCCUCGAGGGAGUACCGGGUGUUUUGCAGGCAGACAUCCCCCUGGUUCGAACCUCAACAUAUACAGCCAUUUGCCAACUUCGCCUUUGGCGUUGUGGCAAUGGGUCUCCAUCGAUUCCUGCCUGAAUGGUGGAACGAAGGCCUCGAUCUUCCCUCGUUGGUGAAUGAGAACGGCUUGAGCCUGCUGCAGAUUGCCACCUUUGUUGGCCACUACGACGUCUGUCAAUUCCUAAUCAGUCGGGGUUGUGACGUCAACGCAUCUUUUCACUUCCUUUACGGCCCUCCGUUGUGGAUAUCAGUAGCCCAGGAAAAGAUUGAUGUCAUGGAGCUGCUCCUCAAGAACGGUGCAAACGUGGACUGCGUCUUCCAAAAUCGAAGUCUGGCUUGUCUGGCAGCCACUGUGGGAUCUGAGUAUUGCACUGUUCUACUGAAGAAUGGCCUGGAUCCCAACACCAAAUGUCCACGCACGUGCUCCUUUGGUUGUGCCCUGUCAGCGGCUACUUGGAAGGGCGAUCUCGACGCCAUAAAAACCCUGGUUAGCGAGGGAGCAGAUGUCAAUCCGGAGAAUCUCGAAGACCUCUAUGGCUGUCCUUUGAUUAAUGCUAUAGAGAGUCAAAAUCCCGAAUGUGUUCGCCUUCUUCUAGAGCACGGAGCUGAUGUCAACGCCAUGCCGGAAGAUUGUAGAUAUGGUAGUCCAUUGGCAGCUGCUGUAUGGAGGAGAAACGUGGAUUGUGCUCGAUUACUGAUUGAAUAUGGCGCCGAUGUCAAUGCAGAUUUGACGUUUGGAAAACAUGGUAGUCCAUUGGCAGCUGCUGUAUGGAGUGGAAACGUGGAUUGUGUUCGGUUACUGAUUGAACAUGGCGCCGAAGUCAAUGCGUAUCUGGAGUUCGGAAAAUAUGGCAGUAUCCUGGAUGCUGCAAUUUUCGGGUUUGUGCCGUCUGUCGUGAUGAUCAAGUUUCUUGUUGAAGAAGCAGGGGCAGAUUUGGCUCAGCUGGCCUUUGUACGGCCCAGGAGAAAGGAAGUCGUAAUCUGGAGGAGGCAAAGUGAUCAGGAAGACGCGAAGGAUGUGGCAGCGUAUCUUUUACAGGAACUCCAGAUGGAGAGGCAAGUGUUGAUCAGCCUCGGCGUUCUCCCCAGGGAUUUACCUCCCGAUGUAGGUAAUACGGCCGACAUGGAGUAUGAUGAGUUGGAUGAUUAG